UAUUUUAAUCUGUGUAUGAUAUUUACAUUAUGAUUACAGCUGUCAAAUCGUUGCAAGAAUACCUAGCGAUUAGCGAAGUGAGCCGGUAUCUUGUCUAAAAAAUUACAAAACAACACUCCAGAAAUAAUUGUUACAACAUUAUAUCACUAAUAUGAGCGAUGCUGACUCGGACGAAGAAGUAUUAGUUCAGUACGGCACUCCGUUAGAACCGUACGAAGAAGAUGACGUGCCAACGAAACGCAAGUACCAGCAGCCGGCAGACCAGUACGCGGUGGACGCUCACGGGCGGCGGCGGUUCCACGGCGCCUUCACCGGCGGCUUCUCGGCGGGCUUCGGAAACACCGUCGGCACCCCUGAAGGAUGGACCCCGACCACCUUCAAAAGCUCCCGAGCGGAGAAGGCGCAGUUUUCAGGUCAGAGGCCAGAAGACUUUAUGGACGAGGAGGAUCGCGGCGAGUUCGGUAUUGCGCCGCAGGUGCUGCAGACACAGAACGAUUUCUCCGGCCAGAAGCGGCAGAGACGGCCGCAGUACCAUGACGGGCCUAUACCUGGUGAGCCUGUUCUACAGCAGUUAGUCCGCGCGGUCCACGAGACGGCCGCGGUGAGGAUGCUGCGAGCUAUGGGCUGGCGGGAGGGCCAAGGCACGGGCGAGAGGCUCUCCAGCAAGGGGAAGAAGAAGGCCAGAGAACAGCACAAAGUGUACGGGUGUUAUGUGCCGCCCGAGUUGAGACAGAACCAAGAGCCUCAAGACCAGCAAGACGAAGAAGAAGACAGUUCGGAUUCCGAAUUCGAUUUUGACACAUUAUUCGCGCCAGACGAUUAUGAGCCUUAUCUCUUGAGCCGUAAGAACGAUCGCUUCGGUCUCGGCUACUCCGGGCUCAGCCGACACUCGGUGUUAGGGAACUUGGUUGGGGAGUAUGGGAGUGAUGCCGGUUCGAGUCGAAGCCAUCUUGUUAUGAAGGAUAAAGGCAGGAAGGUGAACAUCCGAGGUCAAGCGUUCGGUGUCGGCGCAUUCGAAGCGGAUGACGACGAUAUAUACGCGACGGAGGACAUGUCGCACUACGACUUCACAAUAGGAGGCCCGGCCGCCAAGCCCGAGCGGAAAGCUGUACAGAACAAAAGCGGCAAUGUAUUACCUGGUUUCGUGAAAGCCAGCAAGCCUCUCCCGCCGGUCCCGUCGUACCCGGCCCCCGCCCUGCCGCGCGACUACACGCCGGCCGUGGCGGGCGCCAGGAGGACCAGGUUCGAGCCCACCGCGCACAAGGAGAGGGACCAAGGUCUCGGCCGACACGAGCUAACAGCAAAAGCUCGCGGUGAACUGCUCGGCGAAGAAACACCCCUCCCCACUCCCGUCACAGUCACACCGACAAACAUACAACCAAACACACAGACAGACAAACCAAAAGACCCCAUAACAAGCCUUCUUGGACGAAACGUAAACUUCACCUCAGAAAAAGACAAAGAACUAAACUAUAUAUCAAUAAAAGACUCGGGAAAAGAAAUAACGAAGGUUUUUAAACCUUUUGUUGGCAACCCUGCGAAGCAAGCGCGGUACGAGAGAUAUUGUGAGGAUAAGACGGCGCUGGAAAGGGAUGGAGAUAUGGAUAAAUUGAGUGAGUGGGAACGAGAGAGGGAGAUUGUUGAGUUCGAGCAGGCGGCGAAGUUGUACAAGCCUUUGACUGGGCUUAUGGGGGAUAGGUUCACCCACGCAGCACAACCAGACGACGCCCUAAACCCGUUGAGCGCGGUAUCGAAGAGUGUCAACCACGGACUGGCCACGCCGCAGCAGCUGCAGGCCGCGCAGCAGGGACUGUACGGGGUCACCACGAGAGUGGUCACCGACUGGCGACCUGACGGACUCGUAUGCAAGCGGUUUAAUGUGCCCGAGAUUGGGGGCAGGAGCGAGCAAAAGAAAGAAGACAAACCAAAAGUGUCGUAUUCAAUAUUUUCUUACUUGGAAUCGUCAGUACACGACAAAGACAGUUUCGCCAAAGAGCAAGGCAACUUCAGUGGCUCCAAAUCCAUACCCACCGCACCUAAAACACAACCAAAUGACAAAACGAAUACUCCAAUAGAGGCCACGAGUUCAAAAGAUGAUACUAUAAUACAGGCCACCACUUCCAAAGAAAACAAUCUUCAAACCUCAGGGUUUACAAAACGUCUGACAGUCGCAGAAAUAUUUCUCAAGGAAUCCGAACAGAAUAAGAAUCAAGGGGCAGAAGUAACGGAAACAAUAAACAAAUUCGAUAAAAUGGACCUCUACAAGUCUAUUUUCCUUAGCGACAGCGAAGAAGAAGAAGAUUUGACAAAGAAGAAUGAAGUAUCAGACUUCAUAGAAACUCCUAAAAACGUUGAACGUAAUACAUCUCCACCGCGAGGCAUCUUCGCGAAUAUAGACUUUGACGAACUCAACGCUUGGAGAAGAACAGACAACACUAAAAAGGAAGAAACUAAAAAACCCGAAAAUACAAUACUAGAAGACAAACAAGAAAAAUCUGAACCAGUAGAAGAAAUGUAUGGACCGAAAAUACCCGAAAAUCUACAAAACCGCUUAAAACCCGAGGUUAAAACUCAAACCAGUAUAGAAAUAGGAUCGUCGUCCAGUGAGGAUUCCUGGGUCGAUGCGAACGAAUUAAAAAGCAAAAAAAAGAAAAAGAAAAGCAAAAAACACAAGUCCAAGCAUAAAAAGAAGUCGAAGAGCAAAAAGAAGGAUAAAUAAAAAAGGCGCUAUCAGUCUAAUGUUAAUUUAAGAUAAAGUUUAAUAUGGUAUAAGCAAUUUUUGCCAAUAUAAAACUUGGUCGAAGCCUUAUGGAAAAUAUAUUGUGUCUUGAAUGGUUCUAAAACCCCAGUGACAAUAGCAUUAAUUUCCUUACUGCGGGCGUUGUUUAUAAGACAAAAUGUCGUUUUAAUGCGUUUUAGUUAAAAUGAAAUUUUCAUUACAUUGAAUACAACUGCAAUUUUACUUAGUUAUGCGUAACUGUUUCUUUCUCUAAGAAUUUUAUCCUUCAUUAUGAGAGAACUGUAAUGUACCACCAUAUUGCUUUGUCACCUGAAGUUAUUAAAACGUAUUUUUCUAAAA